AUGUGGGAGGUCCAGAUGGAGGUCAAAGACUUGGUUGCUGUCCUUCCUUCACGGAUUGUGGAAGCCAAAGUUUCUACGAAGGAGGAUGUGCAGCCGAAGAGCAGCAUGAAGUCUAACCGGCGCCACAAAAGUCUCAUCGGGACGCAGGUGAUGAAGGAGAAGUGGGAACCGGACCCGCCUCUUAAGCGCUUUGUGAAAGGGCCGCUAGACGGCUACAUGGGUAUGGUGGUGGUUGUGAACCUGAUAUUUAUGAUCAUCAUGACCCAGUGGACAGGAUCUCAGGCUGACAUCUUGCUAGGUAUUUCUACGUCGAGCAGUUUGAAUCUGACGGAGCACUUUUUCGAGAUCUCGGAGUAUGUUUUUUUCGUCCUGUUCGUCCUGGAUGUAUUGAUUCGAGUCUGGGUGCUGCGUCGUGAAUGGAUUUAUGACCAACGCGAAGGCUUCAUGUACCUCAACGUUUUCGAUGCCUGCGUGGUUGUUGUGAAUGCAUUUGAGUUGCUGGUUCUGCCUCUGUUGCUCCUUGGAAGUGACCAGGAGCAGCAUGCUAACAGCAUCCGCGUCAUCAAGCUGCUGCGCAUUGUCCGCACGCUGCGUAUUGUCAAAACG